CCUAACCUAAAACCUGAACGAACUGUUUACUAACAUCCCCACGUGUUUUCUCAAUUUUUAAAUAAUUAAAACUGCUCCACAAUGUCAAACGGAGGGGAAUCGGAUCAGUCAAUGUCUGACGACUCCCAGAGUGUCGAUAACACUCUUGGGCCCACCACUUCCACCAAGAGACUGAAAAUCGAGAAGAAAAAGAAACGCGGAAUUGUUUAUUUAUCUAACAUUCCAAAAUACAUGAAUGUGACGACUGUCAGGGAGAUUUUUUCAAAAUACGGAGAAGUGGGGAGGGUUUAUUUACAAUUGGGGAGCAAUGCAGACGAUAAAAAGAAAGAUGGAGCAAAACCGAAGAAAAAGAGGAAAGAGGCCUCGAGGUACUUCACUGAGGGUUGGGUAGAAUUUGAGAGGAAAAAAAUUGCGAAAUACGUAGCAGCAACGCUGAAUAACACACAGAUAUCCACGAGGAAGAAGAGUAAAUUUUUCGACAUUAUUUGGAACAUAAAGUACCUUCCAAGAUUCAAAUGGGUCCACUUGAGUGAGCGUUUAGCCUACGAGAAAGCUGUUCAUAAGCAGAGGUUAACCACAGAAAUAGCGCAGGCUAAACGAGAGGUCAACUUCUUCUCUUACAACGUGGACAGGAGUAAAAAAUUAAAGAUCAAGGAGAAGAAAGGGGAAACGACAAAUUUCGUUAUGCCCGAGGUUAAGCAGAGGGAAACGGACAUGGAAAUUAGGAAGAGAAAGAAUGAGAAUGAGAGUGAAGACCGCACACAGUUUCUCAAGUCACUUUUCAGUUGAUUUACUGUUUACUAGAUUAAAGGGAUCAGAAAAUGUG